GCAUCAUCCUCUUCCGGAAGUAGGAAGAAUGUAAGUGUAGUGGAAGUACAUACUACCUACUAGUGGAACUGUGGAUCAAUCGGUAUCGGCGUUCACUUCCACCGAUCAAUCUGAUAUCUUUCUGUUGGGAACCAUUCCAGACAAGACCAGAGACCCGGUUUGAGAACAAAGAUUUCAUACUCGUACCAGUUAUCCAUGGUUCUUCCAACAACAAUGCACAGCAAUAGAUCUACAUUUCUUCUGCAGCCGAUUCGCCGAGAAGCUUUACCCUACACACAAACACAGCUUGACGGCGCGCUUAAGGGACACUCUCCAACCACAGCAUUCUUUUUCUCUCCACACCCUGGUUCAAGUUGAUAAGCCACAGAUAAUUCAGAAAGAGGUGAAAAGAUUAAGUGGACCAGUGUAGACGAACGGAUGUGGACUUUUCUUUUGAUAGAUAUCCAAUAAGGUUAUUUCCAAACAUGGCUGACUGCGCGUAUUAUUUUUUUUACCCUUCCUAAUUUUAGUAUCCUAUCAUGGUUGCAGAAUCAUAGUUGCAGAUGCAGUGUCAUUAUCAUUAUAAGGACCAUGCACGACAAUGGGAUAUGGUUAGGAGUACUCAGUAGGGAUUAUAUUGCGUUGAAAAAG